CUACAUCAAACCACGCACUCAGGAUGCGUCGGAAGUCCUCAAGAAGCAGCCCCCAGCCAGAGGUAAUGCACUUGCCGUGGCGCAUUUCCUUGCCCGAGGAGAAACCACCAGAGAGCAAAGUACUGUUGCAGCAAUCUUCUCAUAAACUCAUUAGCACUGUUCCCAGAGCACCAAAAUGCAACAAAUACCAAUUCAUAUCCAACUACACCGCCCAGCGUGUGGCUGGUGCAAAUGAGCUGGAAGCGAUAUUGCAGGAAAAAGGAAUUUACAAUUCUUCACUAUGUACACCAAACGUCGAACAAACCGAUCUCAACUCCAGUGACCAUUUUCUAUCGUUGGAGAUAUUUGACGACUGGGAGUAUGAUACAUUCGAUCCUGCAGCGUUGAACGUCUGGAAGAAUGUGGAAGCUCUGGCAAUUUUUCCACCCUUCACCGACUGGCACCAAGUAAGCGUUCUUAGCCAAGAGCCAAGCUCAAAUAGCUGGGAGGUGAAACGAAAGGAUACAUCCAGCUCGCACCGAAUUCCACGCCUUCAGCUUUACUUCCUCUUCGAAGACCCGUACAAGUUUGCGGAUCGUAUUGCUGCUGCAGAAAAAGCCCGCAAAACGGCAGAAAAUGCUAUCCGCUUCCGAUUUCUCUGUAAGCACCUUUCCAGUGGUGGAUGUUUUGCUCCGGGUCGUACACUCGAGCAAAGCAUUCGACGACGCACUAGUGAGGAGGUGUACGCCAUAUUUAAGAACCUCUACGAAAGCUACCACAUUGCGUUGGCCGUUGGGAAACAUCUCACCCAGGACAGCUCGGUGGCAAUCAAACAACCCACCAUUAGAAGCAUGGACUCGGCGAAACACACCGCUUCACCCGAGGUUGCUCGUUCGCCUAUCGCCUAUCUGCUCGAUUGUUUCAGACGCAAAACGUUGCUCUGCGAUCGGAACGUGUUCCAUGCGCUGCGCUUUGUAAAUCAAGAGUGUGAGAUGGUUCGGAAGCUACCACUGUUUAUCGUGGCAAACGAGAAGCCUAUCCCGCUGGAAGAGUACGAGAAGCAGAAUCUAGCGCAAACGAGCAAAACGAUGAAGUACCUGCAGAAUAGCUGGAUCGAGCGUUCGACCAUGCACCUGCAUCGGAUGCUAGCGCGCAUCGGUGAUGGGAACUUCAAUAUCGGUGUAUCGAGGUGGAAGAUCUACUCGGUAAUGAAGCUGAAGCGUCUCGUCGAGCAGGUGCUGUACCGCAUGCAAGACGCACUGCGAGAUCUCUUACUUACCUCAACCACGGCUUACGUUCAUUACCUCGUGAACGAUUGCAGUGCCAUACUGGCUAUAGAGCGAGAGGACUCCUGCUUUUCCUGGGACGGAAAUCUCAUCGACAGUCCGUUCGAACCGAAACGUCCGGCCGUGUUCUAUCUUACGCUGGAGAUGGGUCAAGAAACGCCAUACUAUUCUACCGAUCCGGACACGUUUCCCGACACGCUACGAUGCCUUAUGGACGACGUCCUAACGGAGUGCCACUUUAUACACACCAUCGAGCCCACCCUGAUGCAGUCGCUUAUCUUCGCUGAAAACCUCUUCCUAUCGUCCGUGGGACUGCUCGAUCCGUUAAUCGUGCAGCGGCGAGAAGCGUUGCUGGAGUACUAUCGAAAAUCUCUGCUUCCCCUUAAAGCUUACGCUGCACGGUACACCGCCUACAGAGAGCUGUUCUUUACCAACGUCAAGGAAUUCAUCGAGCAGAUUAAAAGCGCGGACAAAUCAUCGUCCGAGAUUAAGGAGGACAUUGCGCUACAGAUUCGCAUGCGAGAAAACUUGGAACACACCGUUCCGCUUUACAUCGUCAUAGGUCCAUACUGGAUCAACGUUGCACCGCUGCGGGAGGCUUUGAUCCGCAAGCGUCUCGAACUGACUGCCGCUCUGCUGAAGAUGCUCACGGAUAACUUGCGUCUCAAGACGGCGGACGUGAUAGGAUGCUACAACACCAUCAACGAGCGGAUGUGUGAAAAGCCCGUCUCAAUCGAGCACAUCUACGACAUCCGUGCGUACAUGGAGGACGUGCCGGAGCUGGUGAGCCGGCUGGAAGAUCGUAUGCGAAGCAUACUGUACGAGUACGAAAUAUUGGACGGGUUUCUGCAUAAUCUGCCGGAUGCCGACUUUCAGCAGAAAUGGAACGCUCUCGCUUACCCCCGGUUGGUGCUGAAGCAGAUGGUUUCGGUCAAGGAGUUUCACGAGACCGAGGUGGACCGGUUCCGCAAGCAACAGUUUGCGGACGAAGCCGCUUUUACCGCCAGCAUCGAGGACAUCAAUGCGUACAUCUCCAAGUUUACCACCCUGUACGAUGUGUCGAAGGUGUCGGAGAUGUCGGUCGAGGUACGCCGGCUCUGGAAGACGCUACAGGAGCUGAUCGAUGAGGGUCACAUCAUGAACCGGCGCCAGGAGCUGUUCGAAAUGGCACCGAUUAGUUUGAAUAAUUUAUUCGAGCUCCGAACCGCUUUCAAAGCGUACCGUGAACUGUGGACGGUAGCGGCCGACUACUUAAAGCUGGAGGAAACCUGGAUCGGUAACCCUUUGGCCAGCGUUGAUCUGGAAGGCGUACGCCGAGGAUUGCAGCAGACGCACGACAGCUUGAAGGAUUUGCUGCCACUCUUCCGUGACCAACCACAGCUGUUGGCCGUGGUGGAACAUUUCAUCUUGGUCGUGGAAUCUUUCCGACCAAACCUGGACAUUAUGGAGCUGCUGAAGUGUCCCUACCUGGAAGCCAUACACUGGGGUCAGCUGGCAAAGGAGAUUGGCGUUAAGGGCAAACUGUCGGUGGACGUUGGGUUCGAUGUGUUUCUGGAGCAUGGGUUCCGGGAUCAUCUGGAAACGGUUCGGCGGGUUGUGGUCCGGGCGGAACAGCAGCGACUGGAGCAAGAGGCACACUGGGCGGAAGAAGAACGUAUCAGGCAGAUCGAAGAGGACUAUCGACGGGCGCGUGCCGAACGGCGACAGAAGCGUACCGAGAUAUAAAUAGAUGAGAUUGGAAUUUUAAUGUUAGGUUUGUGUUAAAUAAAUGGUUCAUCAACGCAAAUCAAUUAUAAAUUAA